AUGCUACAUGUAAAUUUCAAAUGGAACCCUAAUGUUUAAAUAGACGCUCGAAAACAGAAAUUCCUUCUUCCCGGCUAAAUCCUGCACUCUAGGGUUCGCAAUUAAUCUCAAUCCAUGGCGACACUUCGAAUGAUAGACAUUGCCGUUAACUUCACAGAUAGUAUGUUCAAGGGUGUAUAUAAUGGAAAACAAUGCCAUUUACCUGACAUUGCAGCAGUUUUAAGUAGGGCUUGGGGCGCUGGCGUUGAUCGAAUUAUUGUCACGGGAGGAUCACUUGAGGAGUCGAGGGAAGCUUUAGCUAUUGCUGAAACUGAUGCAAGACUAUUCUGUACAGUUGGAGUGCACCCAACACGAUGUAAUGAGUUCGAUGAGAGUGGAGAUCCCGAAAAGCAUUUUCAGGCACUGUUGUCACUGGCUAAAGAGGGAGUUGAGAAAGGGAAGGUAGUGGCAGUUGGUGAGUGUGGAUUGGAUUAUGACAGAACUCACUUUUGUUCACCGGAGAUUCAAAGGAAGUACUUUGAGAGGCAGUUUGAAUUAGCACAUCUCCUGAAGCUUCCAAUGUUUCUUCAUAUGCGAGCAGCUGCUGGGGAUUUCUGUGACAUUCUGGAGCAAAACAAGCAGAGGUUCUAUGGCGGAGUUGCCCACUCAUUUACCGGUACUCCAGAAGACCGUGACAAGCUUCUUGCAUUCAGCAAUCUCUUUAUAGGUAUAAAUGGUUGCUCUUUGAAAACUUCUGAAAACCUUGAUGCUCUAAAGGGUAUCCCAGUUGAUAGAAUGAUGAUUGAGACCGAUUCUCCUUAUUGUGAGAUAAAAAACACUCAUGCUGGAAAAAAUUUCAUAAAAUCCUCCUGGGCAUCUAAAAAGAAAGAGAAGUAUGACCAGGAUUGCCUAGUCAAAGGUCGAAAUGAACCUUGUUUAGUUCGGCAAGUCCUCGAGGUCGUUGGUGGUUGUAAAGGUGUUGCUGAUCUUAACCAACUGAGCAGAACCCUGUACUACAAUACGUGCAGCCAUUCGAGUUGUGUAUGUACACCGUUGAGGCUGCAACUCUUUGAACAGAUCUUUAGCCUUUGUAAAAUCGCCCACCUUGUAACAACCAUUUACUUGUGUUGGGUGAACAUUAGCUGGAAUGACCAUUUCGUUCUUCAGCUGCUUCGGGUUUUCCAAAUUGCCAACAAUGCAUAAUGGUACGGAUAUCAAUGAUAAUAUCCAUACGGCUCAACUCAAAUAACAAAGAGCAAGCCUCUGUGAUGCAUCACGACUAUUAUCCAUAAAUCAAAAUGUUGUAUGAAACUAUCUCGAGUUCGUAAACGCUAUCACAUUUGAUUUACUCAAUAUGACACCGGGUGUU